AUGGCAGCCAGCUCGACUCUCCGGUCAGACCGUACAAAGCGCAUGCUGAUGAUGUAUGCUCAGUUGGCUUUGAGUUUGGCUCAGAAUCCAAGACUUGCUCUACAGCUGAUUCGAUCUCAAUACCGAUACUCGUCAGGUCGAAUCAAGGCUGUGAUCUUGCUGCUGGCUUUGCUGACAGCUGGGUCUGUCACGUUCGGAAUCACCGAACUCCAGAAGAGACGUAAACGAGACGCUAAAGAACGAAGAGAAUUACAUCGUCAGUCAUCAUCGGUUUUAUUAAGUGACGGAUGGUCACGAGAAAUCUUUGUACCUACAGCAAACAAACCAUUAACUUCGAAAUCAAAGUCUUCAACUGUGGAGAGCGGAGAGGUCAGUGGAGAUGCUACUGCUAGAGUGGUGAUUAAACCGACCAAGAAAGUCACCUUCGAGGCUCAUAGAAGACUGUUUUUACAGUCUGGUUCAGGAGGAAAAUCCGGUAAUGGGUCGGUGGCUGAGAAGAAAGCCGGGGUCAACCGACAAUUUCUGAAGGAGUUCUCGGCUAUUUGGUCUAUCAUUGUUCCUAGACUACAGUCUAAGACAUCGGCUUUAUUAUUUAUUCAUGCCCUAUUUCUUGCUUCCAGAACAUAUCUGUCACUUCUGGUAGCUAAGCUGGAUGGUCAAAUUGUUCGUGAUUUGAUUGCUGCUAAUGGUAAGGAUUUCCUUCGUGGACUGGGAUACUGGUUUCUGCUAGCUAUCCCUGCCUCGUACACCAAUGCUAUGAUCAGGUUUUUACAGGCAAAAAUCUCUAUUGCUUUUAGAACUAAGCUGAUUCGUUACAUUCACGAUAUUUAUCUUUCCAAGGAACUGGGAUACUAUAAGGUGACCAAUAUAGACGGUGGAAUUGAAGGUGCCGACCAGUAUAUUACAGCUGACGUGACACGGUUCUGUGACUCGGCAGCAUCGCUUUACUCGAACUUGGGUAAACCAUUUGCAGAUUUCAUUAUAUUCAGCUACCAACUACAAAGAAAUCUGGGCCCUCUAGCACUCAUUGGUAUAUUUUCCAAUUAUGCACUUACAGCCUGGCUUCUUAAAAGCGUUGCUCCUCCAUUUGGAAGACUAGCAGCAGCAGAAGCAAGACUUGAAGGUGACUAUCGAAAUGCACACACCAAACUCAUUACUAAUGCCGAAGAAAUCGCCUUUUACGAUGGUACUGGCUUUGAAAGAGCCAUUCUCGACAAGACAUACAAACGAGUCAUCGUUCACAUUUCCAAGAUCCUGAAGAUUAAAGUGUCUUACAAUAUGUUUGAGGACUUUAUUCUCAAGUAUUCCUGGUCAGCUUUAGGAUAUAUGUUUGCAUCACUGCCAGUUUUCCUACCUACUUGGAGUGGUAAUGACGGCAUCAGCGAGCUUGCCACGACCACUCCAUCGAUCUCACUAGCCAAACGGGAUUUCCGUGAACGUGAUCGUAUGAAGCAAUUCAUAACCAAUAAGCGUUUGAUGUUGUCACUUGCUGAUGCAGGUGGUCGUAUGAUGUAUUCUAUCAAGGAUCUGGCUGAAUUAGCUGGAUACACAUCGCGAGUAUUCCAACUGCUGUCGACAUUACAUAGAGUUCAUGCCAACUCAUAUGGCCACGAACUAGCUCCGAACGAGGUGGCUGAACCUUUUACCUUGGCCGAUGUACAUGGAACAGUGCAACAGGGGUUCGAGGGGGUUCGAUUUGAACACACUCCUAUCGUUAUUCCAGGACUGGCUCGUACCGGUCAACCAGGAGAAGUGCUUAUCAAAGAUCUCAACAUCCGUAUCAAUCCUGGCGACCAUAUUCUCAUCUCUGGUGCCAACGGCGUCGGAAAGUCGUCUAUAGCGCGAGUUCUAGCUGGAUUAUGGCCUGUAUAUCGGGGUCUCGUUUCGAAACCACUGCCAAAGGACAUCACGUUCCUGCCUCAGAGACCAUAUCUGAGUCAUGGUACACUUCGUGACCAAAUCAUCUAUCCCGAUUCACAUGCUGACAUGCUUGAAGCAGGUGGAACCGAUGCCAAAUUGAUGGAGAUCCUGAAACUUGUUCGUCUGGAAUACAUUCCCGGUCGAGAGGGCGGAUGGGAGACCCGCAAGCAAUGGAAAGACGUCUUCUCUGGUGGUGAGAAGCAGCGAGUGAUGUUUGCCCGAAUCCUGUACAAAAACCCCAAAUUCGCCGUCAUCGACGAAGGCACCAGUGCAGUAAGUGCUGAUGUCGAAGGUCUCCUCUACGAGAUUUGCAAAAAGCAGAGCAUCACUCUCGUGACCAUCAGCCACCGACCCUCGCUACUUAAGUACCACACGGCCCAGCUCCGAGUCGGACUCGGUGCCAACGGAGAUGAAUGGUCUCUAGAACGAUCGGGAACCGCUGAAGCACGACUCACGGUCGACAAAGAAAUCGAGGACCUGAAAGCCAAACUCUCGCAGGUCGACGCCUGGAAAGCGCGUCGCCAGCAAAUCGUAGACGAACUCAGCGGCAAAACCGCUGCCUGA